UGAGACCCAACACAAAUGCUGAAGUCCCGGUUUCAGCGCUAGUGGGAUUUUGAAAGUUCAAGAAAUCAACCGCCAUUUCGAGAAAUCCCCUGUGCUAACAGUUCUUGCUUCUACUCUUUACAAUCCCUAAAUUUUCUUUUCGUGAAGGAUAUCACUGUGGCAACCAUCUUUCUCAGUUAACUUCGUUCUUGGGGAGGUCCUAUCUUACUGCUUAUAUUAGCUAUGAGCUUAUUGGCCGAUUCAAGCCCUCCUCCAAGGAUGCCCGGGAAACGAUUCUUCGGAAAUGUUGGCUUUAACAGUCAUAAUUUCCCGUCUAGUUUCAAGCGUCCCAAGUUGGAUGCUGUUCGGGGGUUGCCAGUAAGCUGUGGUGCCUCUGCUAGUGUUGCGGGGGAAUCUGAUACAAUGCAGCUUGAGCCGAAUUCUAGGAGAAAUUCUACAGUAGAUUCUCAUGCCAUUCCAUGUGGUAAUUCUCCGUUCAACAUUAAGCGCCCAAAGGUAGAUGGGGUGAGGGAUUUUCCGGAGCGCUGUGGCCCUUUCUUACAUCGGACAAAUGGAGGUGAAAGUGACAGGUCUCAUGAUGAGGAGAGCUCCCUGUGUUCAGAUGUGGCAAAAUAUGGGCCACCUAUACCAGCAGUGCCAUUGAGAAGUGUACCAACCAGUAGUGUGCAAUGUGACCCUGAAGACUCGCUUGCAUCUCCUUGUAAAGCUGGUGAUGCAGGAAAAAUGGCUGAUGGUAGGGAGAAUAAGGUUGAUUCCCGAGAAGAGAUGUGGAAGCGCGAUUUAGAAGAACUGGUGGCACUUAUUGCUGAGGCUAAAGACUAUAUUAAUUUGAUUAAUGUUAAGUAUUCUGCAACUAAAGAGGUUUCGGAAGAGUUUCUUGCAAGCUCCAAAGGAUUUAAUCAAAUUUCCUUGUUUGAGUCUGGUACAUAUGAAUAUACUUCCAGCGAGGAACCCGAGCAGUCGAUGGCUACAGUGAGACGGGAAGAAACAGGGAGAGAAAAAAAUUUGACGCAAUCUGUUCCUCCAGAGGCUUUAGAUGCUGAAAAAAUGCUGAAAGUUGAGGAUAUGAUCUCGAAGAUGGCUCAAGGAGAAAAUGCUUAUGAGAGUAUGUCUUCUGACAAUGAGGAUGAAGUUUGCAUUUUAUCACCAGCAGAGUGGAGUAUGUCACAAUCAUGUUUUAGGCGCAAGUAUAGGGAUGUCCAGGCUUCCAUAGGAAAAUUAAAAGGAAAGGAUAAAAUAUGCGGCUCCGACAAGUUUACUGGUGACUGCAGCAACAUGGUUGAAUAUCAAGGAGUUGGAAAUGCUGAUUUGGUAGAUUCGUUUGCUCUUGGUGAAAAAACUGAUAAACAAAGUGAAGCGGUAUUUGAGUUUGAACACAUUUAUGAUGAUGAGCAUAGAGGGACAGGGAUUUGGAGGGAGUUAAUUAAUCUGAAUAUUGGGAGGCAUGAUCAACCCGAGGGAUUGAAGGUGAGGGAGGCUCUAAAGCUGUUUGAAGAACAAUAUACAGAACUCUUGGAAGGACGCAAAGCAGAUCCAAAAGGAGAAGGAAAAGGUACAAAACAUGUUCAUCUGGAAGUAGCAGAGCGUCUCAAGGCAGAGGGAGUCUGGAAUGUUGCUGAGAAAUCUUUUGGCCAUAUACCAGGUAUUGAAAUUGGUGACCAGUUCCGAUUCAGGGCAGAACUUGCGGUGAGUGGCCUCCAUUUUCAGUUAAUUUCUGGUAUAGAUUAUGUGACGCUUGGUGGGAAGAAAUUUGCUACGAGCAUUGUGAAUUCAGGCCGAUAUGAGAAUGAAGCUAAAGCACUUGAUGUGUUGAUAUACUCAGGUCAAGGUGGGAAUCCAAAGAUUACUGACAAAGCUGGUGAUCAAAAACUUGAAAAGGGUAAUCUUGCUUUGAUGAAUUCCAAAGAAAUUGGUUAUCCAAUUAGAGUUAUCUAUAAAAGGAAGUGUCAGAUGGCAUCUAAUAUGUUAGGUAUGAUUAAUGAGGGCAAUUAUGUAUACGUAUAUGAUGGACUGUACACUGUGAAUAACUUGUGGCAAGAAAGAGAUCAAAAUGGUAAUCUGGUGUUCAAAUUCGAAUUACAUAGGAUGCCAGGCCAACCAAGACCUCAUCAAAAGAAAGCCUCAAGAAAAUCAAAGAUGCCCAUGGAAGUCUGCCUGGUAAAUGAUAUCUCACAAGGAAAAGAGAAGGUGCCAAUACAUGCAAUUAAUGGAGUAGAUGAAGAGAGGCCGUUAUCUUUCACUUACAUCACCGACAUUGUUUAUCCAUCUUGGUAUCAGCCCAUUGAGCCGAUUGGUUGUAAUUGCAUAGACGGCUGCUCUGACUCUAACCCAUGUUCUUGUGUUUUAAAGAAUGAAGGGGAGAUUCCAUUCAAUGAGAAGGGAUGCAUUAUUAGAGCAAGGCCCAUCAUUCAUGAGUGUGGUCCAUCAUGCAAAUGCCCGCCUUCUUGUAUGAAUAGAGUCAGCCAGCACGGUCCUAGAUAUCAAUUGGAGAUUUUUAAGACCGUAUCAAGAGGUUGGGGAGUAAGAUCGCGGAACUACAUUUCAUCCGGAAGUUUCAUAUGUGAAUAUGUCGGUGAGUUAUUGCGGGAUAAGGAAGCCGAACAAAGAAUUGGUAAUGAUGAAUAUCUUUUUGAUGUUAGUGAUGGCCGAGAUGAAGGUGAAUCUGAAGUUCUUCUUGAUUUUCGUACGAGCGAUGAUGGAUUUGCCAUUGAUGCUGCGAGGCUUGGAAAUGUUGGGAGAUUUAUUAACCACAGCUGUUCCCCCAACCUUUAUGCGCAAGAAGUUCUAUAUGAUCAUCAAGAUAAGCGUCUGCCACACAUAAUGUUCUUUGCUAACAAGAACAUUCCUCCCCUUCAAGAACUUACAUAUGAUUACAACUAUAAGGUAGGCCGAGUUUGUGAUGGCAACGGCAAUAUCAAGACGAAGGAUUGCUAUUGUGGUUCUAGAAAAUGCACUGGGAGGAUGUACUAGCAAUCUUUUUCAGGCUUCUUGGUUCUUCAAAAGAGAAUGCAGCUGACAUCGAAAUUUUUGAAGUCCGUGAAUAUGUCCUAGUCUGGGAUCAUUGCUGCCGCUGUUAUAGAGAGCAAUGGGAUGAUUCAAAAUCAGAAAUGCUUCUCUGUUGCUCUAUGUUGUGUUGUUGAAUAUAUGUAGUUGAAGCCAAAUACUGCAGGGCACCGAAAUUUGUCGCAGGCAACUGAGGCAAGAAUUUAGUAUUAUACUCUUCUUUCUUUCAGUUUUGAAGCGUAUAUGUCAUCUUUAUUACUUUCUGAAUCUGUACGCGCCUGUUACAAAAGUAUGAGUAUGAGAAUAGCAGCUAUAAAGAGUAUGAAAUCUAUCAAAAU